CAUGGUCUCCUGCGAUCAGCAGACUUUCCUCAUUCCUAACUAACUAGAUCCUCCACUUAGAAGCCAGCCAGGUUUUAACAGACAACAGAAGAACUACUCGGGAACGUUGGGGAAGCUUGUUCACUGAGUUCACCGAGUCCACUUCAAGCAGCCGCGACUAAAAGAUUCGCACACACCUGGCGUGGGAAUCUACCCUUCCUUAAAAUCUAGCUGCUCAGAUUUGAAAAGGAAUUGUUAUGACUUUGAUCUGUUGACAAAGGACGAAAACACUCAAGUGAUCAAAAAGUUUACGCUGAAGUUUGGGAAGUGGAAGCACCUGCGGGUGAUUUGAUUUUACUUGUUUUGCUGUCACUAUGUCGAAGCCUGCGGAUCACGUUAAGCGCCCCAUGAACGCUUUCAUGGUCUGGUCCAGGGCGCAGAGGAGAAAAAUGGCUCAGGAAAACCCCAAAAUGCACAACUCCGAAAUCAGCAAGAGGCUGGGAGCCGAGUGGAAACUUUUAACAGAAUCUGAAAAGCGACCUUUCAUCGACGAGGCCAAACGGCUCAGAGCACUGCAUAUGAAGGAGCACCCGGAUUACAAGUACCGACCCAGGCGCAAGCCCAAGACUUUGCUGAAGAAAGACAAAUUCGCUUUCCCCAUGCCUUACCUGGCGGAUCAAGACGGGAUCAAAUCAGCCGGCCUGUCCGCCAGCGUCCUGCCGGACUCCCUGCUCACCUCGACAGAGAAAGCCAGGCUCUUUUUCCCGCAUGCCACAGCCAGCCCGUAUUCACUUUUCGAGGCGAGCCAUCUGGGCUCCAAAAUGAGCGAGAUCUCACCGAGCUCCCUGUCUUCCUUGCAGUAUGCCUCUCCGCUGGCUUACCAGAGCGGGGCCAGCGCUGCAGCGGCGGCCGCUGCUGCUGCUGCGGCUUUCAGCGGGGCUCACACUCACACGCACCCGUCACCCGGCAACCCAGGCUACAUGCUGCCCUGCAAUUGCACCGCCUGGCCGGCUUCAGGACUGCAGCCUCCCCUCGCGUAUAUCCUCCUCCCGGGUAUGAGCAAACCUACACUAGAACCUUACCCUGCCUAUGCAGCUGCAUUAUGACAGGAGGCAAAAAGUUUCAUUUGAUUGGAAAACAAGACCGCACAUGUUGUUUGUAAAGGAAUUUUUAAAAAAAAAACGAAACAGACACUCGUGAUCCGGCAGAAGGUAGCUCUGUCUGUUGUGUGACGCGAUCACUUGGAAUGAACUGCUUCCCAGUAAAUUGUUCUCAGAUCAUGGGCGAACAAAAACUUUUUUGGGGGGACGGGGAACGACUGUAAUUGCUUGUAAAGGAAAACAAACCGCCAAUUCUAAUCGAUUGUUAAAACCUGUGUGUGUUUGUGCGCGCGCGUAUAUAAAUAUAUUUCCAAUCAUGAACUUGGAUGAAUGAACCAGAGAGACAACUGCUAAAUUUCUGCAGUCACAUUACGAUUGGGCGAAACGUCGAAGGGAGUAUUGUAAAUGUGUAAAAAGAAUCGCAAUGGCCGGAUUCCUGAAUAUUGCACAUCAAUAUUUACAUCAGUGGAAGUAAAUUGCUAUCUUUUUUGCAUUGUACUGCGACAGGACCUAAAUAUAAGACUUUCAAUCAAAUUGUAAAUCUGUAAAAAGAAGCACGAUUGCUUUGUCUAUAGCUGUGCGUAUAUGGUGAAAUGUGUGAAUGGAGACCUGAACAAACUGUACAGGCAACAAGAAAGAACUGUACAUUUUGUAAAUGUAGCUUUUAACCUGCGACUUGUUACCUGGUUUCUCCACCAUCCAAUUACCCAAGAGAUGGAAGCUGUGGAACUGUACUCCAUCCUAACUACUUCAAGGCAUUGUUGCAGAUUACGGAAAAGAAAGCUAAAAAAAAAUUGUAAAUGUGUAUAUUUCGAUGUUUGUUGUUGCAUGAUUAGUUCUCAUUUUGUAUAAUUUUCCCUCACACGAGCCGGUCCUGGUCUCGCAUACUUGACUUCUUGGGUUUAAUGUAAACUUACCUGAGAACGUGACCUAUUUCCAGAGCAUCAAACAAAAAGGAACAGGCAAAAGCACUCUUUCAGUGUGAAGCAGUCACUAUUCUGACUGGCUGAUAUUUGUAUUUAUUGCUUAGUUAGACUAAUUAUUUUUGCAUUUUACCCCUCGGAUACUGGACUAUUUUUUAGUCCUUUCGAGUAACGUUUGCACAUUAAAAAGGUGAUAUUAGACCUCAGCGGUCAAUAUAAUGUAACGGUCAAACAAAAAAAGUGCAAAUAAAUAGAAAAAUACAUAAAAUACUACGUGCACUAUAGUUACUAGAAUAGCCGCUACAGUUGUUAAAAGUUCUUCAUGGGAGUACUAUGUGGACCACACCGGAAUGACCUCUGACACUGCCAUCUAGUGCUACUCUUGUUAUUGUUUAUUAGUAUUUAGUAUUAUUGGAGGAACAAAGCAACUUCCGAGUCAUGACAAUUGCUGAAUCUGUUGACUUUUCUCGGAUUGAAAACAACAACCAACACUGACGAUUGCUAGCUAAAGGAGUAUGUCUUUCAAAAUCCUUGACAAAUAUCUGUCUGAACAGAAUUUGAUCUUCAGCAGCACAAAAUAUGCAGACGUCGGCAAUAUUUUCUUUUUAAACAUAAAAGUGUUAGUUAACAUCUGUGAAUCCUUUGUGCACAGUCUAACAGUUGAAUUCUCAUUGCUGCUCAUUUUAAAGCAGCAAUAAGAUCAUUGCCGUAAAAUUAUUUUCUUGAUUUAAAAAUCCACAUGAUUUCAGUAUACCUGUUAUGUUGUUUGCUGUUAUGUGUAAUUCAAGUGUUGCGUGGUCCCAGCAUGUUAUUAUUUUAUAAAAUGUUGGCGUUUCUGUAACAUACAAAGCAUUUUUAAAGUAUGCGUUUUGCGAAUCUUUAUGAAGUUUUAAACAGUGUGGUAUUUUUGUUUUUAAUUUAAUAGUAGACGCUGAACAUUCUUGUACAUUUUAGGGUCUGAUUACUACCCUGUUCAUUUGUUGAACACAGCGUUUUAAUAAAGAAGAGACCACUGAAAAAUCCAA